AAAAUGGACUUCUAUGGGGUGCUGGGGGUUGGUCCAGAGGCCUCGGCCGAAGAGAUAAAGAGAGCAUACCGAGACGCAGCAUUCAGGCUGCACCCUGACACUAAUCCGAAGGCCAGCAAGGCGGCGCAUGCCCGCUUCCACGAGCUGCAGGAGGCCUACGCAGUGCUGCGGGAUGAGGCCAAGCGGCGGCAGUAUGAU